UUCACUCUUAUUCAUUCCCUCACAACUUUCUCCAUGAUCAAGCUUUACACAGGAAACAACAUUCUUGGCUGCAUUUCUACUCCAUUAAUGUAAUCCGUUCUGAUGCUGCUACUUUGCUUAAUCACAAUUUCUUUCUCAUCAGCCCAAUCACAAAACAUAAGCUUGGGUUCUUCUCUCUCCCCCACCCCAAAUGGUAGAGGCCUCAGUUACUGGCUCUCACCUUCUGGUAACUUUGCCUUCGGCUUCUAUCCUCUCAAAGACCCCCAACAAUUCUUAGUAGGAAUUUGGAUGCCGAAAACACUGGAAAAAGUCCUGGUUUGGAGUGCAAACAGAAAUGGUCCUCCCUUUUCAGUUGGUUCUUUUGUCACUCUAUCCAGGAAUGGUGGACUCAUCCUAAAUAACAGUCAAGCCCAAUUAGAACCCAUACACCUUAACUCAUUACCGGCCUCUUCGGCUUCCAUGCUCGAUGAUGGUAAUUUCGUUUUAUACAAUUCUGAUUCUCGGGCAAUAUGGGAAAGCUUCGAUUCCCCAACGGACACCAUUUUAUCAGGACAGACGCUGAGUACCAAACUCAGCUCUAGUGUCUCGGAAACUAAUCACUCAACCGGAAAAUACCAACUGAUAAUGCAAACUGAUGGAAAUCUUGUUCUCUACUAUCUUGUGGAUGGAGCAAGGACGAUACUCACACCAGCCAACGCAUACUGGUUUACGCGAACACAGGGAAAAGGGGACGCUGUGACUCUGAAUUUAGCCCAAGAUGGCCAUAUGUAUCUGCUUGAUUCAACUGGUUCCAACAUAAAGAAUAUCACAAAUUCGCAAGAUCGAAGGUCUAUUUAUAGAGCAAGGCUUGAACCAGGUGGUAAUUUCGAACUGUUUUUGCAAAAUUUGGAGGGAAAUGGCAGCUCCCUUGUAUGGUCUGCUGCUAAUGACCCAUGUGAGGUUUAUGGGCUGUGUGGGUUUAAUAGCUACUGUACUCUAAUGGAUGUUACUCCAACCUGCUUAUGUCCCCCUGGUUUUGUACUUAUCGACCCAAAUGGGAAUUCUCAGGGUUGUCAAAGGAACUUCACUGGAGAGGAUGACUGCAGAGUAAAAGAAGGAAUUCAGGGCUGUAUGAUGUUUCCAAUGGAGAAUAUAAAUUGGGCAGAUAAUGCUUUCGAUAUCUUAUCAGCAAGUGAAGAAGAAUGCGAGCAAGCUUGCUUGGAUGAUAGGGCUUGCAUGGCCAUUCUGUUCGAAAACAAUCAAUGCAAGAAACAGCCUCUGCCUUUAAGGUAUAUGAAAAGGAUAACUGGAAGUUCAGUGAAAGCUUUCAUCAAAACAGCAGGACAAAAUUCUUCAGCAGGAAUCAAUGGCAGAAACAAAGGUGAGCAUCAAAAAAUUCUACUAAUUAUUGGGCUGAUCCUAAUGGCAUUCUCCAUAAUCCUUGUAUUGAUUUCUAGCUUUCUUUACUAUAAUUCACGUGUUGGAAGGCACUACCAGAAGCUCAUGAAACAGGUUAAAAAUGCCCCAAAUGAGGUGAACCUUAGGUCCUUUAGCUACUCAGAGUUAGAAAAAGCAACUCACAGGUUCAAUCAAGAGCUUGGUCAAGGCGCUUUUGGAACUGUGUACUUAGGCUCUCUCCCUUGCAACACAAAAGUUGCUGUCAAAAAGCUCGAGAAGGUGAUUGAAGAGGGAGAAAGAGAGUUCCAAACAGAGAUGAAUGUGAUUGGAAAAACCCAUCAUAGAAACCUUGUUCGAUUAUUCGGUUACUGUAAUGAAGGCUCUCACAGGUUCUUGGUUUAUGAGUUCAUGAGCAAUGGGUCACUUGCUAGCCAUCUCUUCAAAACAGAGUCCCGACCCGAUUGGUUCCAAAGGGUUGGUAUUACUCUGGACAUAGCUCGAGGGCUAUUAUAUUUGCAUGAAGAGUGUGUGACCCAAAUCAUCCACUGUGACAUAAAGCCCCAAAACAUACUUCUUGAUGACUUUCAAACUGCCAAGAUAUCGGAUUUUGGUCUUGCAAAGAUUUUGAAACCCGAACAAACAAGGACUUACACUGGGGUUCGUGGCACUAGGGGAUAUGUUGCUCCUGAAUGGUACAAGAAUCAGUCGAUAACCGUCAAGGCGGAUGUGUAUAGUUUUGGGAUCAUGUUAGUGGAGAUCAUAUGUUGCCGAAAAGCUAUAGAGUCAGGAGCUCCCGAGGAUGAAGUCGUAUUGAUUGAUUGGGUUUAUAACUGCUUUGAAGCUGGGGAAUUGGAGAAAUUGGAAAGAGUGGCUGAGACUGAGGGUGUUGAGAAUAAGAGGCUGGAGAGAAUGGUGAUGGUGGGUUUAUGGUGUGUGCAAGAUGACCCUGCAUUGAGGCCCUCAAUGAAGAAGGUGGUUUUGAUGCUUGAAGGCACGGUGGACAUACCGCGUCCCCCAAGCCCAAGUUCUUUUAUCAGCUCGAGUUAGUUACAAAAGAGCCAUGAUGAAAUAAUUGCAGAUUGAUAGUGGUAUCGGGUUUUUAUGUAACGGUCUGUAACUUUGUACUUAAG